AUGGCGUGCGUCGCGCUGCGCGAUUCCGUGCGCGCGUUAGCCAAGAGCUGCGCCGCGGGCGGCGUCCACGUCCCCGGCGCGGUCGUCGCCAUGCGCGAGCUCGUCCACGCGCGCGCCGAGUCGGCGGCGGCGGCGGCGGCGCGCGACAAGGCCGACGCGCUCGCCCUCGAGGAGGCGCGCGCGCUACCUCAGGCGGACGCCGCGGAGUUCCCGAACUUCGCCGCGGUCUCCGUCGCGGCCGUGCCCCUCGUCGUGGCGGGCCGCCGGGACGACGGCGGGUCGGCGACGGUCCUCUCGUCGCGCGUCGUCGCCGGCGCCGGCGUCGUCUACGACGUCCAGUACGCCGUCGGCGGCCGCGUCGGCCGCGACGUCGGCGAGUCGCGGCUCGUGCUCGACGUCGAGAACGCGCGCCGCCCAAGGCGAGGCGCGGCGGCUCCCGGCGGCACGGAGCGCUCGCUCGGCGCGGCGCCCUCGGAGCCGUCGGCGACGGACCGCGCGAUCGCCGCGGAGACGGCGCUGCGCACGAAAACGCGAGAGCUUGAGCGCGUGCGACGCGAGCGGGACUCGCUCGCCGAGGCGGAGAAAGAGGAGUCCGCGCGUCUGGCACUAGCCCACGAGCGACGACGAGCGGCUCUGCGCGACGCCAGUCGCGCCCGAGGCGACGCCGUCCGCACGGAGGCCGGGGCGGCGGCCCUCGCGGAGACUUCCUACACCUCCGGCGUCCUCGCGGGCGCCGAGGAGCGCGACGCCGACGCCCUGGCCGUGCGCGACCAGGCGGCGCGCGACCGCGCGCACGAUCGCGCUGCGCUCGAGGCGGACGUGGCCCGCGCCCGAGAGGUCGCCGUGGAGGCGGAGCGCGGCCGCGAACGCGAACAGACGAAGCGCGAACGGGCCGAGGGCUGCGCGGACGCGGAACGCGUCGUCUCCGAGACGGCCCUCGCCGAGCGCGACGCUCUGAUGCAGCGGUCCCUGUCCGGGAUCGUCGACUUCCUCAUGCCGAGCGGCGACGGCGGCGCGCUGACGAAAAUCCGCUCGUUCGACGCGCUCCUGACGUCGCCGUCGGCGCUCGACGACACGUCGAGGCGUCAGGCGGAUUACAUUCGGGCGGCGAUGCGGUGCUUCGAUGGCCUCGCCGACCUGCUCUCGGGCGGCGACGCGGAGCGCCUCGAGGUCGUCUUCGGCGCGUUCGACGCGUCGAUGGCGAAGCGGCGGCGCGUCCGCGGCGCGUCCGAGCGCGUGCUCGUGGCGCUCAAGGACAACAUCGCGACGGCGUGGCAGAACCACACGCAGGUGGGCGACUACACGGCGGCGACCCAGGUGCUGUCGCUCGCGAUCGUGCCUCGGAUGCGGGACUUCGGCUGGCGGGACCAGAUCCGCGCGUUCGUCAGCCGCGUGGUCCCCGUUACCACGGGCUCGGACGUGUUGGUCCUGCAGUUCCCGCAGGGGGUUAGGCGUGGCGACUACUGGCGCCGCGGCGUCUGCGUCGCGGUGUCGGAGGUCGGCUGCUUCGACGUGCGACCUCUCCCGACGACGGGCUCCGGCCGGCUGAUCUGCUUCGUCGAGGACCGCGUGCCGGCGGACCGCGUGCGCCACGCGGACUCGCUCAUCUGCACGAAGCACGACGUGCAGACGGCGGCGAAUCUCGCGAUGGACCGGUUCCCCGGCGCGCGGCGCGACGUGAUUUCGCGGAGCGGCUGGACGCGGAUCGGCAUCGAGCGCGCGGCUUUGACGGCGGCGUUCCUGCGGGACCCCUCCGUCGUCGUGCAGGCCGACGGCGGCGCGAGCACGGCCCGGCGGAAGACGAAGUGGUUCCUCAAGGAGGGCGUGCCCCGGCUGUUGAAGCGGCUCAAUCGACGCCUCGCCGACGCGGGCCUUCGGCGGAGCUCCGAGGCGCACUUUCGUGGGCUGCUCGCAGGCCCGGGCUAUGCGAAGCUGACGGCGGAGCUGUGCACGUGCGUGAAAUGCAGGGACCUCGGAUUCGUCGUCUACGACCUCCUCCGGAGCGUCGUCGCGGCGUGCUCCUUCUCGAUCUCCGUGUCCAUCCAGGAGAGGCUCUACAACCAGAUCGACGCGGAGGAGCGCUUCCGCUCCGGCGAGUUCCGGAGCCACCUCAAGGAGGAGUCCCACGUCGCGCAGCACUGCUUGUGCUACCUGCUCUCCUCGGAGAACGAGCCCUGCUUCCGCGAGCCCUGCGUCCACGGCCGGAAGGACGGGUCGACGCUGUCGCCGCCGAAGACCAUGGAGGAGAUCGUCGCGCCGCGGCGGCUGACGCGCCGAGACCACGAGGACGAGUGCAUGGUCUGCUACGGCGACGAGGGCUCGUUGCUGUGCUGCGCGUACUGCGCGCGCGCGGCGCACAAGGAGUGCAUCCGGCGCCACCACAACGACCUCGGCGGGUCCUCGGACAGCUGGACGUGCUGGGACUGCGUGCGCGAGCGCUCCCUCGAGCAGCACGACGGAUCCUGCGCGGCCUGCGACGGCCACGCGUUCUUGAUGGGCGACUUGAGGUCGCUCGCGGCGGUCGCGGACGCGAAGAUCCGCGACGGCGUGGCGAGCGGAGAUCUAGACGGGGCGACGGUCCUCGAGGAGAACGGCGACGCGUCGAUCGUCGGCGUCUGGGCCCGCAGCGUCGUCGCCAAGAGCGACGUCGAUCUGCGUGCGUACCACGGGCACAUCGCGCAGGACGUGUGCACGACGCCGUACCAAAAGUUCGUCACGUCGACGCUGAAGGACCACGAGUACACGACCAUCUACGACUACUGGGCCAAGCAGUCGGCCAAAUUACACAUGGAGGGCACGUGCGAGGGCCAGGGCAACAAGGGCGUGUCGUGCUCCGGGCGGGCCUUCACGUGCAACAACCCGACGAGCGCCACGCGAGCCCAGUACCCGGACGUCCCGUGGGCUAUCUUUCCGUCGAGCCCAGACCAGGGCGGGCCGGCCUACCUGCGCACGUUCCGGCGCUCGUGGUCCGACAGCUCGAGGCAGGACAGCUUCGACACGGCCGUGACGCUCUUCGCGGAGGAGGGCGAGUACCGGAAGGCGCACCCGUGGCUCACGACGAACGCCGGCGACAUGUCCGACGGCGCGUCCAACUUCCGGUCCACGCCGGCGGCGCUCUACAACAUGCAGUCGCCGUACCCGACGUACAAGGCGACGUCCGUCUCGGGCCACGGCAAGGACGUCGUCGACGCGGACAACGGCGUCGAGCAGCCGAAGCUCCGCGCCGCCGUCGACGCCGGCAGCGACCUGACCUGCGCGUCGCAGUACGUGGCGGCCUGCGACGCGCGACGGCACACGGGCGUCGUGAACAUGCGCGUCGAGAUCGACCGGAGCCUCGACCUGACGGCCGAGGAGAAGAAGCGGCGGAAGUCGAUCGUGGGCAUCGGCGACGCACACUUCUACGCGUGCCCCUACGGCGGGGACCUGCGCACGUGGGAGGUGUUCUCGCGACGCCUGUCUAUCGAGGCGGGCCGCCUCGUCGGCAUCGGUCCGGGCCGCGUCGUCUCGCGGGCCCUGCUGGUGUCGGAUCACCUCCUGGACCGCCACGCGCUCGACGUCGCGUCCGCCGCGCUGACGUACCCCGGCGAGUCGGCGCUGCCGACGGACCAGCAGCUGCUCGUGAACCCCGCGCCGUUCUUGUCGCCGGACCAGAAGAAGACCGCGGCCGUCGCCAAGGAGGCGGCCGUCGAGGCUCGAGACGCGGCUCGUGAAGAGCGUGCCGUCGCGAGACGCGCGCCCCUCGUGGCGACGUUCCGGAACCUGCGGCCCCAUGCGUGCCCAAAUUGCCUGGCGAAAUUCUCGAGCCCCGCGCGGCUGCGGUCCCACCGCCUCCGGGGCUGUGGUUCUUCUGCGGCGGGACGGGCCGAGCGGCGACUCGCGCACGACGCGACGACGAUCGACGCGCUGCUGGCCAAGUCCGACGGCGACCUCGCCGACGCGCUCGAGGCGCGCGCCGAGCUCGGUCUAGACCUGGUCACGGCCACAUUCGCCGAGGGUGCGUUGGGCUUCACCUGCGAGGAGCAGCUGGACGCCGCCGGCGCACCGUCGCUAUUCCGCGAACUCGCGUGGGCCCUUCCUUCGAUUCCGCGGCACCUCGUGCGCGGUGCGCUCGUGCGCGUCGAGGCGCACCGCUUUGGACCCGCGGCCCGCGACGAGGUCGGCAUGGGCUGGCGCUCCGCGUUCUACUACGGCACCGUGCAGUCGAGGAACGGCGACAUCAUCUCCGUUCUCUACUCGGGCCACGCGAGCGGCCAGGAGCACGAGAGCCACUUUAGCCACGUCGAGAUCGGGACCCGCCCGCCCUCCUCCGGCGACGUCGACGACCAGACGUUGCAGACGUCGCACGAACCCGCCGUUGUCGCGUCCGUGGAGCCGCUCGGAGCGGCCGCGGCCGCCCUGGACCAAGUCGGCUUUGAGGUCGUCGACGUCGGCGGCACCGCGGCGCCCACCUACAGUCGCGCGAAGGAGCUCCUCGAGCACGCCGCGCGGCCAAUCUCCGCCGUGGAGACGCGGAUGCUGAACAUCUGGAAGAAGACGAAGAAGGAGGCGCGCGACGCGGCGCAGAAUAGCGCUGCUCGCGACGUCGCUCGCGCCGCCCGUGCGGCGGGCGUCGCCGCCGUCGACGACGACGAGGUGCCGAGCAGCGACGACGACGCGGACGAUCCCAUGGAGAUGGACACGUCUCCCGACGGCGACGCCAACGCCGACGGCGGCGCCGACGGCGGCGCCGACGCCGCGAACGACGACCCGACCGACGGCUACAUGGCCCAGUUAGCCGGCGUCGGCGUCCGCGAGCUCCGCCGACGGCUCCGCGAGGAGCGCGGCGACUCGACGCCGCUCGCGUCCGUCCGCGCCGCGGACCUCGCACCGAGCGACCUCCGGACCGGCGAAUCGAAGGCGCAGGCCACGCUGGACCUCCUGCGCCAGCGCCUCGCGACGGUCCUCGCCGGUGGCUCCCCCUGA